GUGGGCAAACGUACAAAAUCAGCAGGGGAUCAAAUACUUUUUUUCCCUCACUGUAUUUGUACAUCAUUGCUACAGGUUUAAACUAUGUUUUGUCAUUGUUGAGUACGUCAAUAAAUCGUGUACAUUUUGUAUUUUUACCAUUCUUGUAAUGUGAGGCUCUUUAUAGUGUAAGGCUUUCACAUAGGUACUGUGAUUCACAGGCAGAGUGUAUACUCUUUGGUUCUUUCGGUAAAGUCACGUAGGUAUAAAAUAAAAUAAGGCAGAGUGUAGUAGUAUCACAGGAGGGUGUGAUGCUACUGUGUAAUCUCAAAUUAGUAACUUGCUGGUGAUUUUUCAAAAUAGGCAAAUAUGGACCAUGAUGCUGGAGCACAAGUGCUUGAAGUUUUAUUCUUUAAAGCUUAGCCAAUUAUAUUUUUAAAGAACUCAGAAUGGGCUUUAUUUCAAGCUAUAGCUACUAUUCAGUGGCAGAUGCAGACAAGGUAAUUGCAUUUUCAUGUAUUUGGCACAUGUACUAAUUUCUAGGGAUCCAAUGGGCACUUUUCUCUGGAGAGGUGAGUGAGCAGAUCAUGAUCGGUGUGGGGAGGUCGCAGGGGUUGCAUUCUCAGAUAUGUCGGGUAAGUGAUACUUGGGACAGAUGGGUGAUGACUUCAUUGCGUCUCCUGGGAGUGGUCACUUUCCACAAACAGAUGUCCUAAUGCUCGGUAAAGUGCACCAUAAACAUCGUACCAUCUGAUGCUCAGAUCAAUGGCAAGUGUCUUCUAAGUCCAUUAUCGAGUGUGAAUAUGAAACUGCAGAAUCUGCAUGCAGUUAAAGAUCUGAAUUUUGCAUGCGGGGCAUGUAAUUGAUGUUGAACGCGAGUAAAAAUGUCGCUCAUUUGGUAUGUUUACAAUGAUAAGGCAUCAACCCACGAGGUCUUGAUGCAAGUUUGAUGCGAGGAUUUAAACACACUUUGCUUCCGCUACAUUUGGUCUCUGUUAUCUUUUAAAAACAUGAUGACCCACUUUGAAUAAUCUUAGUACAAGUGCUGGGGAGUUUGUGCUGUACGCUUUCCAAGACAUUAGAGAAAUCCCCUUAACUGGAAAUAGGGAAACCAGCAUUAAAAUAACAUCCUUGUCUCUUAGCAGUUAUCUCGUACACAAUUGGCCUCAGAGACUAAGCAACCCUUUUCCUUCAGUUGAAAUAUCUCAUUUCUAACAACGUCACGGUCCAUCUGGCUUGGACUCACUGGUAUUUUGAGUGGUUUUGUCUAAGCUCGUCGUUAAUGUUGAGACCGUUGUGACUGAGAAUUUUGACCAGUUAUACCCUGUCGCAAAUGUAGUCAGCAGCAAAUUUUGUUCUAGCAGGGCCUUGUGCGCAUUAAGCAGGGUGUAUCUAGACUCAGAAAUCCGUUGAUGGUUCUUUGUUAUUUGCCCUUGAAUAUAUUUUCCAGUAAACAAGUGUGUGUGUGUGUGUCGUGUGGUGAGUGCUGGCUCUGGCCUUGCCAGGCCAGGCUGGUUCAGACAUGGUUUCUCCUGGUCAGGGGUUGCCACUCGCUUGUGUACGUCGCUGUAUAUUAUCUACUGACCUUGGGUUUUACUGGGAAUCAGAAGUGGGUCAGCAUUCGUAGCCUUCGCAGUUUGCAAAGCUUGAGCCCAGCAGUAAGGGUUGCUCUCGAGCAGAACAAGGUAUGUGGCUUUCCUGCUCUGCUAUACAUGGCGCGUACUCAAGCAUGAAUGUGUUCCUAUGUGCUAUUUUAAACUUGAUUCGUUUAGUUGAUACCACUGUGCUCGUAGUCUUUACCAACACCUGCCAAGUGCUGGCAAUUGUGUUUAGGUUAAAUAUAUAUUGUGUAAGACUAAGUUUAAAAACCAAAACGUUUUUUUUAAUAAGAUCACCGUUUAGGUUGAUUGGCAGUCUUUUUCCAACCCACUUGAGAGGCAUGCUUACACAUUUAGAAAGCAAAAUAUUAAGCUUUUGACCACAGUAAUUUUUUUACGUGGACUUAACUAUUAAAGACAGCCUAUCAGUGGCACGAGGACAAAAGUUUACCCGUGGCCUGCCGAGUGAUGAGACCAAAAGGAGAACCGUGUCGGAUGCUGUGCACAGGCCAACCAAGGAUGCGUGGAUUUAUUUAAUGUAGAUCAGUUGCAGUCGAAUGUGAUUAAGAAGCACAGGUGCAAUUGUUGAAAUGUGCAGACAAAAACGAAUGUUGUAUUGACAAAUGUGUUGUCCUGUUCAUAAUAGGUAUGAAAGGUUGCUGAUGCCAUAUAUUACAUUUGUAAAAUGACUUAUAAUAGAGCAUUAUAGUGCAGCACUAAUUUAUUUCAGUUGAUAGUAUUAAAACCAUUCGUUUAUUUUAUGAGUAUACUUUACAUAACUGACUUAAUCACAUUUUGAUUUAAAGCUUUCGUGACUGCAGGGAUUCAUAUUCUUGGUUCUUUCGGUAAAGUCACGUAGAAGGGAAACAAUAAGAAGCACAGGUGCAAUUGUUGAAAUGUGCAGACAAAAGCGAAUGUUGUAUUGACAAAUGUGUUGUCCUGUUCAUAUGACUUCAUCAAGUUAUUUGAUUAAUUUUGUAAAUAGCUAAUGAAGGUGAUGGUGGUAGAAAUUGUCGUGCAGUCAUAUAAAAGCCUUAUUGCUCAGGGCAUUUGGAUAAUGCAACAGUGCUCUGCGCUUAUGGAAACGGUGAUUGGCAGUUGUGCCACCGAUCAUUGGGCAAUAGUGCAUAUUAUGCAUCUCUGAAAUUUAAUAUUUUAUUUUGAAAAUGCCACACUAUGGCCCGCGACGCAGGUGUGGGCAGCAUUACUAUGUGUAUUCUUGCGUCGAGAUAAAUGGAAAUCUCAGGCAGCAGCCUCUCGACAAUUACAGCGUGACAUUUCAUCUUGCGACAUCGGUGUUGUCCGACGAGUGAAACCGUGUGGUGUGGUGUGUGAUGGGUUCGGCAUGAAUUAUUCCGCCUCUUUCUAACUAUGAAGCACAAGGGAUUGAUUGUCGUAUUUUUAAGGGCUGCAGAGAACUGUGCCUAGCAGUAAUUAAAUUACGUCACUCUCAAUCAGGCCCAUUAAUGAGCUCAGCUCUUGGAAGUUCUUUCUUGGCCAGGCAACCUCUAAUUAAAGAUAUUGUGUGUGGUUUAGCAUUAUAGUGUGCAUAAUGGAGCUUGUUUCAGGACGUGAAUUCAUUAUAACAUUUUGGUCAUACUGAAUUUAUUUUAUAAAUUGCUGCACCUGAUCUUGAUCAUAUGAAAUCGUUUUAUCUCUUAAACUGUAACUGAUAGAGAAAUUACAUUUGGUAAAUUAAACAGUGCUCAUCCUUUAUAUGUUUAUGUAGUCUUGGACAUUAAAGUGCUAAUAGAGCAUCACCAUUGCAUUUUCUCAUCAUGAGAGUGAGUCUGGAACUACAGUCACUUGAGAUUCUUAAGAACCCUAAUUGCCGCUGAUUGCUUUUAUUGAAAUGAGCAAUUGGAUUACCCUGGCUGGUCCAAAGUUCCCCGAGUGCAUGCCAUCCUCGGUUCGUGGCAGCUUUAUUGUCAUUUGGGUCGAGGCAUGGGGAGACGUAUUCGAUGGCUAAGAUGAUAAUAGCUUUGUCGGCCUUGAAUAGCAAAGGCCUGACGCGCACCCCAAGCGGAUGACAUCAUCGGCUCGAGGCGAGAAAGCAACCAAUUUCAGGGCGAGCAGCAGGGUUCGCAGUUGCCUCGGCAACGCGGGGAUGAAUUCCUCUUCGGCAGGAAAAAAAAGAGCUGCGUUGGUCAGCCGUGCGCGUACGCGUGUGCAGUACGCAUCCCCGCCGUCCGUGUCAGGGGGGGUCACUGUAAGCCAAACAAUGGACGAGUGAGUGCACGCUUGUGUUGAGUGCAAAAUUGCUCGCUCAUAGCGAGAGACGGUCGUUGGGCGCCAUCGACGCUUUGAGUGAGGCAUGAGCAGCAGCCGGGCCGUGGGCGUCUGCAUGAAAAAUGCGAAGGUCCAUCUGCGAAAGGCUCUGCUUCCAGAAGGGAUUUGAAGAGGACGACUGCCUCGAUGGCAACAAGCCGAGCUCGGCCCAGGCGCAGACCUCAUUCCGUGUGCCCACGGCGAAGAGGGUCCCAACAAACACGGCCGGCGCCAGUGCCAGCGCGGCCCCGUCCCGGCGACCCACGCUGCCCACCGCUGUGGUCCGGCCCACCUCUGCUGCCACAGCCGGAGCCGGCGCUGUGGACGAGGAAGAUUUUACUCGAUGCAUCGAGGAUGUCACUCCUGCGCAGAUUUUCUCGACCCGAGACCUAGAGGAAAGCCUAGCCAAGGUCCGGGAGGUCUUGGCAGAUGACAAGCAUGAUUGGGAGCAGCGUGUCACCGCUCUCAAGAAGCUGCGAUCACUGGUGAUUGCCGGUGCCACGGAAUACGACUGCUUCUUUCAGCACCUCCGUCUGCUGGACGCCGCCUUGAAGCUGUCAGCCAAGGAUUUGCGGUCCCAGGUUGUGCGGGAGGCCUGCAUCACGCUUAGCCAUCUGGCCUUGGUGCUGAAGAACAAGUUUGACCAUACGGCAGAAAGCACCCUUCCUACACUCUUAAACCUGGUUGCCAACAGUGCCAAGAUCAUGGCCACAUCCGGAGUAGUCGCCAUCCGCAUCAUCAUCCGGAAUACACAUGCGCCGCGUCUAAUUCCACUCCUUACAAACAACUGCACGUCGAAAUCUGUUGCAGUACGAAGACGCUGCUUCGAGUUCUUGGAUUUGAUGUUACACGAGUGGCAGCAGAACACCUUGGAGAAACAUAUCGGCUUGUUAGUGGAUACGAUCAAGAAGGGAAUCCACGAUGCCGACUCAGAUGCUCGUAUGGAAGCAAGAAAAGCAUACUGGGGCUUGCGAGGCAAUUUCCCGGCCGAGGCAGAGGCCCUGUUCGCAGCUCUGGAGCCCAGUUACCAGAAAGCCCUUCAGAGCCAGCUUCGAGGCUCCUCCAGCGUGGGCUCUCUGCCACGCUCAGACCACUCCACCUCGUCUUCCCAGGAGAGCCUCAAUAGGCCAGCAUCUGCCAAACGCCCAUUGAGCAGCCCCUCGGCAAACGCUACAGGCAGAGCCACGCUCGCUGUGUGUACAGUGUCUGGCUCCUCCAAGUCUUUGACGGGGGUCCCGGCUACUGCCUCACUGACUCGCUCCCGCAGCGACAUCGACGUCAACGCGGCUGCCAGCGCAAAGUCACGCGCCACUCCCCCCUCCUCCUCGGCCGCGCCACCCGGCCUGGCCUCCCGCAGCGCCGCACAGCCCAGAUUUGGUGCGGCAGCCGCCCUACCACCGGGAUCCUACGCCUCACUCGCAAACGGCACACCAGACAAUCCUGGGGGACGCGUGCGCUCGCGCCGCCCCAGCGCAGGCAGCGCCCACAGCGCCCACAGCGCCACGGCCUCGUCGCCCGCCGACUCCCGCGGCCGCACGCGCACCAAGAUCUCGCAAUCGCAGCGAUCCAAAUCCGCCAAUCCUGGUGGUGCGGGCAGUAGGUCGGGUUCCCCAGGCAAGAUGCUGAGUGUGGCGCCGGGCUCCAGUCUAUCGGGCGUGGUGCAGCGCGUCCCUCUACCGGCCGCCACGUCUUCACCGGCCAAGCACAGCCGCAUCCCACGCAGCCAGGGCUGCAGCCGCGAAACGAGCCCCAGCCGUCUGUCACUGGCAAGGAGUGGCAGCAGCAGAAUCCCCCGGCCUAGCGUCAGUCAGGGCUGCAGCCGGGACAACAGCAGGGACACGAGUCCGGUGCGGGGCUUCCCUUCCCUUGCCUCUCGCCACCACUCCCGCUCUACCAGCGCACUCUCCUCCUCCGAGCCACUCGUGCCCGCAGACCGGUUUUCGUUGAGCCACUCUGGGCGGCUGCUGGGAAAUGACAUAGAAGCGGCCGUAGCGGACGCACUGCUUCUUGGAGAUCCUAGGAGCAAGAACAAGCCGCGACGGAGGUAUGAGCCGUACGGCUCCAUGUACUCGGACGAUGACGCCAACAGCGACGCAUCGAGCGCGUGCUCGGAGCGCUCGUACGGCUCGCGCAAUGGCUCCACGUCGCUCUACCUGCGCCAGAUGGAGGACGUGGCGGAGCUGCUCAACCGCUGCGCCAGCGCCAACUGGACCGAGCGCAAGGAGGGCCUCAUCGGUCUGCAGGCUCUCUUCAAGUCGCAGCGCACGCUCAGUCGAGUGGAGCUGAAGAGACUCUGCGAGAUUUUCACAAGGAUGUUCGCUGACCCUCCCAGCAAGAGAGUGUUCAGCAUGUUCCUGGAGACGCUGGUGGACUUCCUGGUGUUGUACCGCGACGAGCUGCAUGACUGGCUCUACCUGCUGCUGACCCAGCUACUCAAGAAGAUGGGUGCCGAUCUGUUGGGCUCCGUGCAGACCAAAGUGCAGCGCUGCCUCGACGUGACGAGGGACUCAUUCCAGUUUGAUCAGCAGUUCAACAUCCUGAUGAGGUUCAUCGUGGACCAGACACAGACACCCAACCUCAAGGUGAAAGUCGCCGUGCUGAAGUACAUAGAAAGUCUGGCCCUGCAGAUGGACCCGGCCGACUUUGUCAACUCUAGCGAGACCCGUCUGGCCGUCUCGCGCAUCAUCACCUGGACCAGCGAGCCCAAAAGCUCAGACGUCAGGAAGACCGCCCCUGGUCUGUAUGCCGAUGAAACCUUGUACAGAUCUUGUUCUUUGGAAGGAUCCACAGAUGGGCCCUGUAAAAAGGCGGCACAGGCCGUGCUGAUUGCGCUGUUUGAGCUCAACACUCCCGAGUUCACCAUGCUGCUGGGGUCGCUGCCCAAGACCUUCCAAGAGGGAGCCACCAAGCUUCUCCACAACCACCUGCGCAACACCAGCAAUGCCGGCACAAGCUCUCCUGGCAGCACGGUGACCCGUGGGACACCACGUGCCUCGCUGGGUCGUGUCAGCCCACUCACCUCCCCUACCAUGACCUCCCAGGGGGCCCUCUCCCCCAGUCGUGCGUGGGGCUUGGGUGCUGACCUAUCCCCUCGGUCCCUAGCCCUCCCCACUUUCCGCCCCCAGCCUCUGUCCCCACUCUCUGCCUAUGCUCCCAAAGGCAUCUGGCGUAAAUAUUCACCCAGCCUGCUGGACUACGACACGGAAAACCUGAAUGCAGAGGACAUCUACAGCUCCCUGCGCGGCGUAUCGGAGGCCAUACAGAACCUGAGCUUCCGUAGCCAGGAGGACCUAACCGAGCCGCCCCACAAGGAGAGUGACACAGCAUCGCGCGACAGCGGCAUCGCGGCCUCUCUGACGGACGUGCGCGGGCCCAGCUCGGCGGACUCUGUCGACGGUCCGGCCGGCCGCACGGUGCUCGACAAUAAGACGUCGUCGCUGCUCAACACGCUGGCCCCACGCCCGGCGGGCUCCAGCUCGCGGCUCGUGCGCGACUACAACCCGCUGCACUACGCCGACACGCUCAUCGCCAUCGGCUCGGUGCAUGAGGACGAGGCUGGGCAGCUUCGUCACGGUGACAUGUCGGAACAGUGCGCCAUGGUUUCGGACAUCCUACGGGAGCUGGCGGCGGACGCGGACGGCAGCCGCGGGGAGGAGCGCCGCACGGCACUGCUGGAGCUGCUGAAGUUGGCACGGGAAGACGCGCUGGGCACCCGCGACGAGAGCUUCAAGGCCGUGCUGGUCACGUUGCUGGACACGCUCAAGGACGCGGACUACACGGUGCGGACGCUGGCUCUCCGUGUGUUGCGGGAAAUCGUGCGCAAUCGGCCCGACCCGUUCAAGAACUAUGCCGAGCUGACCAUCAUCAGAAGCCUGGAGGCGCACAAAGACCCUCACAAGGAGGUGGUGCGCGCGGCAGAGGAGACGGCCAUGGCCUUGGCGACAUCGAUCCAGCCGGAGCAGUGCCUGCAGGUGCUGUGUCCCAUCGUGCAGACGGCCACCUACCCCACGAACCUGGCGGCCAUAAAGAUGCUCACGCGGGUGGUGGAGCGCAUUUCGCAUGGGGACCUGCUUCCGCUGGUGCCCGCAGUCAUCCCGGGCCUGCUGCAGGGAUACGACAACACGGAGAGCAGCGUGCGUAAGGCGAGCGUGUUCUGCCUGGUGGCCGUACACUCUGUCAUUGGGGAUGACCUCAAGCCGCACCUUGCACAGCUCACAGGCAGCAAGAUUAAACUGCUGAACUUGUACAUCAAGCGUGCGCAGACGGGCAGUGCCAGCAGCAGCGUGGACACCCUCGGCCAGUGCUGAGCGUUGACCGGCCAGUGCGAGGCGUCUCCAGCCGCUGCCGAUGAUGAGCGACAGAGCCGCAGCAGUGGCGGAAUGGCAAAGGCUCCGGAAUGAGCUGUCCUCCUGACGAAAUGGAAGAGGGGAGACCGUGUUGUCCGAACGUGUGCACUGCUGUAUCAGUUUUAGUGCCCAUUGCUGUGGAUUGUAAAGGGGGAUUAAAUGAGCUGCUGCCUAAGUGCUGCCUGUUAGGAUAUUUGUUUUGUUCUCCAAGAUAUUAAUGUUGAGGCCAAACCACGGAAUGGUAUUUUGUGCACCACAUGUUUGAGUGCAAUCGUGUAUUUUUUAAAUGCGGUAUGCUUCCGAGUCAAUCCCACGUCUCCAGUAGGCCGUUUUCAUCAGGCUGCUGCAUUUCAGUUGAGUAACUCGUUUGCUGGUGUUUUCACGCUCCAUGCCACUCCACACAAGGUAUAUACAUGUUCCACACAAGGUACAUACAUGUGUUCACCGUUGCUGGCCUCGUAAGGUGCGCGCUGUGACCUGCACCGUCCAACGGCGGGCUUGUCGACGGGUGUAAACACUCGCUUGGAAUUGCCGCCUCAUGCAUGCACCACACUGAUCAUUUUAACACUGUUAUCGACGUUUCUACGCAAACUUUUGUACGAGUUGAAGCAUUGUGCUGGAUAUGCAAGUGGGCUAUGAUGCUGGGCUGCUCCUGACUCCAAUUAUUGCUGUACACUCGGUGUGUGUUGUUUAAUAAUCACCUAGGGCCCAGAAAUAGCUUAUUCACUGCAUAAUUAUUCAUGUUUAUGGGCGACUGCAGCACAGUGUAGUAGAAUAAUGUUAAGGCACAAUGUAUAUGCGGUAUUAGGUAAUGAUAUUGAACAUAACCCGCCCGCCACUACAAACUUUGCUUACAUAGGUAAAACAUCAUGAAAUAUUUAACGAACAUUCACAUCACUCUUUUUUUCACCAAUGUUUCAUUGCGCUUUGUUGAAAAUGUAACUACUUGAUGGAUUUAAUUCAGACAUGCAUCCAUUUUAAACAAUAAACUUUUUAACGACCAUAACAGAGUCUGCAAGAGUUAAAGCUCAAACCCAAUUGUCACGUGGGCCGCUCACAACAAAAACAUCGAUUUAAAAGUUUAAAAAGUGCAUCCAAUAAACACUAACUCAAACUUCAGCUUACGGCAAGAGGAGCCAGCUUGGAGAUGGAUCGUUGCUUGGCAUGCCUUCUCUUCGGUGCUGUUUUAACCGUCUCUAUAUAGCGUGGCACAGUCAAAACAGGCACGGGGGUGGGGGGGGGGGGUUCCCUGAAGCCUGAGUCCCCUUGAGCCUGAGUCCCCUUAAGCCUGAGUCCCCUGCGAUCAGGUGUUGGGCAACCGCAUGCCACGGCUGCCUCGCAAGGAGCCGGGUCGCACGCUGGCUGGUUCCGCCCAACUACACGCGCUAUUAGCCGAAAAUAAAAUAAAAAUAGGUUUAAAAAAAAAAGUGCCGCCACGUGCGAAAGAAGGGCCGGGUGAUGGUCUCGCAUCAGACGUAUAAAUAGGAGGCAGUGGCCGGGCAGUAUGAUCCGCUUAGAGGCGACGGCGUCAUGAGUGCAGACUUUGAGCGCUUCGACUGUAAGGGCCAGGCUCCCGCAGACGUCGGAUUCAAGGAUGUGUACAAGUAUGGAUUUUAAGUUUGUUGGGGGGUUGUUUUUUUCUUUCCAAAAAAUAUUUCAUGGUAAUUCGUUCGCGUGCGCUUUUAUGGUUACUCUGCGCAACCCAGGGGUUAAAGGAAUGGAGUAAUUUUGCGACUUUUGUCAAAAUAAUGUUGUUUCACGGUGGCUGUCACCGAUACGUGGAAUAACACAUGCCGUGUGGGCAGGUAGCCCGAGUCGCUCCGCAGGGGGCGAGAGGGGGUGGCGUCUCAGACGCACUCGGCAGUAGCCGGACACGCACCGCGACGCGUGGUAAACAGAUAAGUUAUUGUGCAGUAGAUUGCUCAACCGCUAAUUGAGUAUUAUACGUUAUAAGCUAACGACGAGACGCGGCCAAAGUGUAACUCUAUGGUCUAUAUAGAGGCCAGGAUUUUCAGUAUAAAUGAAAGAGCCUAAAUCACUGUAAAGUAAUUUCAUCCGAGUGCGUGCGUGAGAAGAUUGUGUUCGUACAACUGUCGAAUGAGAAGCAGCGCGUUAAUUACACACAAUCCGAAUCCGGGCUGGUAAUGGUAAGUGUUGUUUUGUAAGAGCUGGGACGCGGUUGACUUAAGAUGUUGCCUACGGGUUACGUUGAGGGCCCCGAGGUUGGGGGAGACGGGAUUCCCCCGCACGUGAACCUUACCCGUGCAUGCGGCGGGUUCAGUACGUUUUAAUUUAGUUAUUUUAUCUGUGUAUUUAAUGCCUUUAUUUAGCACCUUUAUUAAACUGUACAGAACAACAACAAAACAACGCUCUCGUUUUUUUUACACGCGAAAUCUCGGCUUAAGUGUGUGUUACUAAUUCUGUGCACGAUCUCUUUAAUGAUUAUAUGCGCUUGCGUAAAAGUAUCGCGUCGUGAUAUUUCUGCAGUUUAUCGUCUUUAUUUUGCCGUUCAGUCGAUUGAACGAACACUGCUAUUUGUCUGCUUGAACGAACAUUGUUCACGUCGCAGUAAUACUUAAACAAUUACUUUAUCGCACUGUGGUUUUUUUUGUGCGACGGUAGCACUUGACCUCCGGAUUGUUGCCAUAAACUAGUUACGCGCACGUAGUUGAUGCGCGUGUCUUUCUAUACGAAUGUUUUCUCACAGCAUAGCCGUCGUGUGAUGACUUAUGUUUAAAUAACAGUUCACAAAUUUUGUACGGAUAGUUGCGAUUGCAUGAUCGUCGGGGGGAAGAAGGCAUGCUGGCCGUUUGACAGCCGCGAAUUUUGGCCAGCGCAUGUGGACAAUUUCUGCAGUCCGUUUAAAGAUGACAGACUCGCUUCUGCUCACUGAUAUUCACUGAUAUAGUCGGCCCUCGUGGACAUCUGAGAAAAAAAGAGCUUCAUAGCUCAUUGGAAUUCUCCAGGAUAAAUAAAAGAGUCUGAUUCGUGACAUAACAGGAC